AUGUUGUUCUUCGCUCUGAUGGUCUCGUUAUCUGUGCAUUCAAGCAACUGCACCGAUCAGUUAUUUGCCUGGCCCGAUGAAUCGACAAACAAAGAGUCACAAUUUGAAGGCAUUGCCUACAAUCCAAUGCAUGAUACUUAUUUUGUCGUACAAGAAGCGAUUAAGUCGGUUGACGACAAGAAAAAAUUUAACCCAAAUGUCUUUGAAAUUCGAUUUACGACAAGCGACUCAAUUCCUGUAAUACAAAUACUUGAGUCAUGUCCGGCACACUGGGAUUUCGAUUCGGACAAUAAAGGUUUUGAAGGUCUCGAAUUCAUUGCCCAUCAACAUACGAAACAAAGUUAUUUACUUGGACUAUGCGAAGCAAAUAGUUGUGCAAGCAAAAGUGCAAGAAGAAGAGCUAGCAAUCCAACAGGUAAUGGAACACUCAUAGUGCUGGAGAAGAAGGAAGCGACAUCGAAAAAAUCUUGUAGUUGGGAGCCAGUGGGUACAAUCAGUCUGCCAUCAUCCGUUCAAUUCAAUGACUAUUCAUCUGUAUCUAUCUAUCGUCGAAGUUCAUCCACACUGCCUACGUAUAUCGCUGUAACAAGUCAAGAAAAUAGUCAAGUCUGGAUUGGCCUGAUCGAGGAAAUCAAUGAUCCGCCUUACUUUCGGGUGUCAUCGUUACAGAAGACCACUGUGUACGAUUUGCCGCGUGCCACUCAAGUCCCAGAUCAAUGUAGCAUUCAGUAUUGCAAUAUCGAAGGUGUUGCUUGGCGAGGCAUCAAUCAGCUGAUUCUCGUUUCGGACAGGUCCAAAACUGAUCAAGAGGCCGUAUGCGUUGAUAAGGAUCAGAGUGUUCAUUCCUUUGUACUCCCAGAAUAUCUCACCGAUUGA